AUUUCUAAAUAUUAAAACAAAUAUUUUUUGGAAUAUUACUAGCAACAACAAAUAAAAUGUAUUUUGGACAAGGGAUCCGUGGAAAAAUUAGAAGUUACAAUACAAUGUCAUAUUCAUGUUCUUAGCCCUUAAAUGCACAUGGGCCUGUGAGGCUCACAGAGAUUGGUAUCCACAAUACUCCAUCAAUGAUCUUGUUCAACAUAAUUCUUAUUCUAUUCCCCCAAAAUUGGUUUUGAACACAGUGCAUUACUUUAAUAUUGCAAAAUCUGUAGAUUUGCUUUAAAACGGUAUGGUAUUGCCAAAGUCUGGACAUGCACUGUAUAAGUCAARGUAAAACUGAUUGUAUGCUAUUUUUAAUGCAGUCUACAGUAGGAGUUGUAUUCUGAUGAGGGCAACUGAUGCAUUUGCUGACACGAAAUGGGUCCCCGACGCAAACAAAGUUUGGGAACCCCCUGGUGUACCACACACUGAGCUAUGUACGUUGGUUCAAUCCACCGGACUACAAGUCCCAGCGUYCAUAGCGGCUGUUGCCGUUCUUUGWUACARUGGUAUUUCCUGUCGCUUUUUCGUAAGAGUUUGGCUGCCUGCUACAUUMUCGGCUGUUUAUUCAAUCAAACGUGUACCUCGUGCCAUUGUAAGAUGCGGUUCCCAUGGAGACCCUUGGCACUGUGUUGGGCAGCCCCUGGGAGACGGGCAUCAUCAUCAGUUCCCGAGGGCAUCCAGAGCUUUGUGCCCACCAGCAGCACCAUCGAUGCCCACGCCCUGGAGCAGCUACAGGCCUUCUUAUCCCGUGCCACGCGCCUCUUCGUCAUCACUGGGGCGGGUCUCUCCACAGAGUCUGGCAUCCCAGACUACCGCUCAGAGGGGGUGGGUCUCUACGCCCGCACAGACAGGCGACCAAUGCAGUAUGCAGAGUAUAUACGCAGCGCCAAGUCUCGUCAGCGCUAUUGGGCUAGGAACUAUAUGGGCUGGCCACAGUUCUCCUCUCAUCAGCCGAACUCUGCCCACCUGGCUCUGCAGCAGUGGGAGGAGCAGGGAAAGGUACACUGGCUGGUAACUCAGAAUGUGGACGCGCUUCAUUCCAAGGCAGGCCAUCAAGGACUGACUGAACUGCACGGCUGCGCACACAGGGUGUUGUGUCUGGGCUGUGGUGCCGUGUCUCCAAGGGAGGACCUCCAGAAGCGGUUCAAAGCACUGAACCCUAGCUGGGGUGCACAGGCAGGAGGUGUGGCUCCCGAUGGUGAUGUCUUCAUUGAGGACGAGCAGGUCCUCCACUUCAGAGUGCCUUCAUGUAAGGAUUGUGGGGGRAUAUUGAAGCCAGAGGUGACAUUCUUUGGGGACACAGUGAACCGAAGGACAGUGCAGUUUGUACAUGAGAGACUAGCUGAGUCCGAUGCGGUUCUUGUCGCUGGAUCUUCUUUGCAGGUGUAUUCUGGAUACAGAUUCCUACUGGCAGCAGCUGACCAGAAGAUCCCAGUAGCCAUCUUGAACAUUGGGUCUACCAGGGCCGACCACCUGGCAGAGUUCAGAGURAGUGCUCGUUGUGGGGAGGUAUUGUCUGUCAUUCAGCCUCACUGACCACAAAGACAGACGGAAGGCCUCACUAGGACUUCAGUCACUGAUCCACAGACACCAUGUUGUAUUGUUUUGAGAACUAUUCAGUGGGCUCUACUAUUCUACCUCUUGGUCAACCUGGCAGCAAUGCAAUCAGUUUUYGGACAUUGGGCUGAAGUGAUGGACACUACUAGUAACCAGGAAUCAUGUGUUAUGGGCUUGUACAUGUACAGUGCCUUUAGAAAGUAUUCAAAUCUCUGUACCCCACAGAUACAAUUAUCUGUAAGGUCCCUCAG